AUGGCAGAUAGUAUUUCACUUUCGCGCAACACGGUAAUGAGGCGAGUAGAAGAAAUAUUAACAGACAUUAUCAGUCAAAUUACAGAGUUUGUCACUAAAUGCAAAUAUUUUUCACUUGAAUUGGACGAAAACUGUGAUUUAACAGAACGGCCUCUAGAUUCGGAGUUGGUCUUUGAGCUUUUGGGCGAUGGGUCCCAGUCAGACUUAGAUAUAUCAGACGAGGAAGCCGAGCCCAGAAUCGAAGUUCGUCGAUUAUUGGAUGAAGAUAUACCUGAUCAGGAAUUACCAAAUGCUGAAAAUGAGUCUGAUCCAGAAAUUGAUGUACCUACGGCUAAAAUUGCACGAAAUAAUUGCGAGAAUAUCCCACCUACACGUAGUUCUAAUACGGCCAGAAACAUCUGCGAAAAACAACGGCCAAGACUGUGGAGAAGAACUGAAUUUAAUGACAAAACUCAUGAGUACAGUACUAGCCUCCCAGCUUAA